AAGAAAGAGAUCGAAGCAAGAACUCGAUUGAUAUCCAAGAAUUCGUUUAUACUACUAAAAUUCGCCACUAAAGCUUCUUUCUUGAGGAAUUUUGGAGGUUGUAUUGGGUUAUCAAAUGGGAGUUGAGGUGGAGCACUGAUGUCACUGUUCUUGUUUGUGUUUCGUCAACUAGCAGAGAUCGAAGCAAUGGCUACAUCAAAGAAAGUUAUUACUAGGGAAGAAUGGGAAAAGAAACUCAAUGAUGUAAAAAUCAGGAAAGAAGACAUGAAUAGAUUGGUGAUGAAUUUUCUAGUCACUGAGGGUUAUGAUGAGGCUGCAGAAAAAUUCCGGAUGGAAUCUGGAACGGAACCAGAUAUAAAUCUUGGGACUAUCACUGAUCGCAUGGCUGUUAAAAAGGCUGUACAAUGUGGAAAUGUUGAAGAUGCAAUUGAGAAAGUUAAUGAUUUAAAUCCUGAGAUAUUGGAUACAAAUCCCCAACUCUUUUUUCAUCUGCAACAGCAGAGGUUGAUAGAACUAAUUCGGAAUGGCAAAGUAGAAGAAGCCUUGGAAUUUGCUCAGGAGGAACUGGCUCCUAGGGGAGAAGAAAAUCAAAGCUUUUUGGAAGAGUUGGAGAGGACUGUUGCUCUACUGGCUUUUGAAGAUGUCUCUAAUUGUCCAGUUGGUGAGCUCCUAGACAUGUCACAGCGCCUAAAGACGGCAAGUGAGGUGAAUGCAGCCAUCCUUACAAGCCAGAGUCAUGAAAAAGACCCAAAGCUUCCAAGCUUGCUGAAGAUGCUGAUAUGGGCCCAGAACCAGCUUGAUGAAAAAGCUGCUUAUCCUCGCAUAAAUGAUUUGUCUAGUGCUGUACUUGAAGAUCCUGCAGUGUGAAAGGCCCAGCUUGUGGAGGAAUCAGCUCCUUGACAUUGGACAGAAAGAGCCAAGUGAUAUGGAUUGAUCAUGCAUGUACUCUCAUCACAGUAAUUUCAGCUGGGAAUUUGUUGGAUGCCAUUUGUUAAGAUUUGAUUUCUGUCUCAUUUCAUUAUAGAAUUUAGCAGCAUUUGAUUGGUUUUUUACUUUCUUAGACGACUGCAAGUGGGCUCGGGCUCUUGUAUAAUCUCUCUUCAAAUGCAUUUCUCUCUUUCUACCCUUGGAACUUGGAAAUCCAUUCGACAAUUAAAUCUUUGCUCCUAAUACUAAUGGAGU